GCUUAUUACAAAUUACAACUGAUAAUAAUAAGACUUCUUCCGCUUUUCUGCUGGUGUCGGAUUUUCCGGCGAGUUCUAAGCUUUCCCUGCCUCCUCCUCGCCGCCUUGAUUCCGGAAUCUCCGCCCCAGCUGCAUCUUAAAAGGAUCCCUUCAUCUACGCCCACGUGGCAUCUGGAUUUGCGUUUUUUAAGUUCGCCGGACGUGAUGCUGUACGGCGCCGGUCAGUCCAAACCUUCGACGGCCUAGUUCAUUUUCCGGUGUGGGUUCGUGUAGUGUAGUGUAAGCGUGUUUUGGGCCCUUACGUUUUCAGCUUCAAUUAUGAAACAAGAUUGAAUCUUGGGCAUAUUUUGGAGAUGAAAUGGAAGUGUUUUUAAGGUUGUUUUUCUUCCGGUGAGUUUCCGAGAAUGGCGGUUCAGAUUAGUUCAGUUGGAAGAUUGAUUGUUGAUUUGUGAUAUAUAUAGAUGGUGGCUUAUUGGGUUAAUUUUUUUCCAGAAUGAAGAUUCCAUCUAAUGGAUUUAUGGCAACUGCAGGCGAAGGAGAAAAGAAGCUAAUCAAUUCGGAAUUAUGGCAUGCUUGUGCUGGCCCGUUGGUUUCGUUGCCUCCCGUUGGAAGUCUCGUUGUCUAUUUCCCACAAGGCCACAGUGAGCAAGUGGCAGCAUCAAUGCAGAAACACACCGAUGGCAUCCCGAGUUAUCCCAAUCUUCCUUCCAAGUUAAUCUGCAUGCUCCGUAACGUCACUUUACAUGCUGAUGGUGAAACCGACGAGGUCUACGCACAGAUGACUCUACAACCAGUGAGCAAGUAUGACCAGGAAGCAUUACUUGUGUCUGAUAUCGGUCUUAAGCACAACCGACAACCGAGUGAGUUCUUCUGCAAAACUCUUACAGCAAGUGACACGAGCACUCACGGUGGCUUUUCUGUUCCUCGUCGAGCAGCCGAGAAGAUCUUUCCCCCUCUGGAUUUCUCGAUGCAACCCCCGGCUCAGGAGCUAACCGCUAGAGAUUUGCACGAUCAAACAUGGACGUUUCGGCAUAUCUAUCGAGGUCAACCGAAACGACACUUGUUGACAACGGGGUGGAGUAUAUUUGUCAGCAAUAAAAGACUCAUAGCUGGUGAUGCUGUCCUUUUCAUACGGGACGAAAGGUCACAGCUGCUAUUAGGUAUAAGACGAGCUAAUAGACAACAGCCUGCUCUUUCUUCGUCUGUUAUAUCUAGCGACAGCAUGCACAUUGGAAUUCUUGCGGCUGCAGCUCAUGCUGCAGCGAAUAACAGCCCGUUUACCAUAUUCUACAACCCUAGGGCAAGCCCUUCGGAAUUCGUGAUUCCGCUAGCAAAAUACAACAAGGCGAUGUACACGCAAGUGACAGCUGGCAUGCGGUUCAGGAUGAUGUUCGAGACUGAGGAAUCUGGCGUUCGGAGGUACAUGGGAACUGUUACGGGCGUGAGUGAUUUGGAUACCGUAAGAUGGAAAAAUUCGCAGUGGCGUAAUCUUCAGGUUGGGUGGGAUGAAUCGACAGCUGGCGAACGGCCUAGCAGAGUCUCGAUUUGGGAAAUUGAACCUGUUAUUGCCCCUUUCUACAUGUGCCCUCCUCCAUUUUUCAGACCAAAGUUCCCUAAACAUUCCGGUUUUCCAGACGAUGGUUCGGAUUUAGAGAAUAUAUUUAAGAGAGGAAUGCCGUGGAAUAUUACAGAUGAUUUCGGAAUAAAAGAUGCAUCGAGCUCGAUAUUUCCAGGGCUGAGCCUCGUCCAAUGGAUGAGCAUGCAACAGAAUCAACAACAAUCGGCCUUAUUUCCUAACAUGGUUUCGUCAACUCCUCCUCAACAGAAUAACACCAUUACUAGCACUAAUGACCCUUCGAAACUGUUGAACUUCCAAUCGAACAAUGGAAACCAACAAAGUCAACAAAUCGUCGGUCAAAUCCAGCCAUCGAAUAUAACGUGGGCGCAACAGCAGCAGCAAAUUCUACACUCUCCGACAAAUACUCAACACAAUUUACAACAACAACAACAACAGCAACAACAACAACAGCAACAGCAGAUUAUGUUGCCUCAAUCAUCGAACAGCCUAAAUUCCGACCAUAAUUCGCAACAGGCAUCAAUGUACUCCCAGGUUCUUCAACAGCAGCAGCAGCAGCAGAUUCUGACAGGAAACGCUGCUCAGUUGCAGCAAACCGAUCCAUCGGCUAACAGAGCUACAGUUCCUUUUACAUCCUUAACUCAAGACAUGCUCUACCAGCAACAUAUCGGACAGCAACCGAAUCUUGUCCAAAGACCCCAACAGCCUCAAAGGCCGCCACAAAUACAGCACGCAUCACCACCAAGUCUUUCUGAGCAGCAACUUCAACUGCAACUUCUCCAAAAGCUGCAGCAACAGCAUCAACAGCAGCAGCAUCAAUUGAUUUCUCCACAGUCGAAUUCAUUGGAAGCUCGAGUGAACCAAAACCAACAAGCCCAGCAGCAAAAUAGUCUGCCUCCACCUCAGCGGCAAUCUAAUGGGAGCUGCUCUUCGGGACCCACACCACCAGUUGUCCAGUCGUCGUCUCACUUCCCAGUCAACCAAUUUCCGGGCCCGCAAAAGACUCCGUUUUUGGACAGGGUUCGCUCUAUCCACACGGAUGGUGAUGCCCCGUCAUGUUCGAACUCGCCUUCCAAGAGCAAUUUUCAGUUCUUGAGGAACCAAACCGAAUCAGCCUCGUUGCUGGAUAACCUGAUUUAUCCUCACGCUUCUUCUAAUUUGGUGCAAGAGAGUCAUCAUCAUAGCAAGAUGGAUAAAGCUGCACCGGAUAAUUUGAAAUUCAAGGGUGGUGGUGGUGCUGCCGAUCACUUGGAUGCAGCUUCGUCUGGGGCAGCUUCGUCUGUGUCUUCGUACUGUAUGGAUGCUCCGCAGCAGAGUUUUCCGUUGACGGGAUUGGAUGAUGUUCAGUCGCAUAGCAGGGGAAGUGUUCCUUUUACAACGAGUAUUGACGGAUUCGCCCCCGAUGCUUUGCUGUCGAGGGAUUACGAUACUGGAAAGGAUAUCCAGAACUUGCUUCCUAAUUACAAUGGCAGUCCGAGUCAUAAUAAUAAUAAUAUUCAGACAGAUUUGUCCUCUGGCAUUAAUUCUCAGUCUUUUGAGGUCCCCACUAUGCCUUUUAAUCCAGGCUCUUCGAACGAUGGUGCUGCCAUGAAUGACAUGGGCGUUCUGAAUGGUGGGUUGUGGCCUAACCAAACUCAACGCGUGCGAACAUACACCAAGGUACAAAAACGAGGAUCUGUAGGGAGAACAAUAGACGUGACACGUUACAAGGGCUACGAUGAACUAAGGCGUGAUCUUGCUCGUAUGUUUGGUAUUGAAGGGUUGUUGGAAGAUCCACAAAGAACAGAGUGGAAGCUUGUGUAUGUAGAUCAUGAAAAUGAUAUACUACUUGUCGGAGACGAUCCGUGGGAGGAAUUUGUGAGCUGUGUACAAAGCAUAAAGAUACUGUCUUCUGGUGAGGUUCAGCAGAUGAGUUUGGAUGGGGAUCUUGGGCAACUGCCUGUCCCAAAUCAGGCUUGCAGUGGUACCGACAGCGGCAAUGCUUGGAGAGGACACUUCGACAACAAUUCCGCCACGUCGUUCAAUCGUUAAAACUGUUCUGUAGUAACUACUAAGUAUCGACGCACGAGUUGAAUUCUUUGUAGUAAGCUGCUGUUUGUUAUAACCCUUUUUAAAAGUAGGCACAAGCUAUGUAAAUUUUGAUCACUCAUUUUUAGUUCUAUAGAUAGGUUCAUGAGGACUUUGAUGUAAUCUCCGAAGUUUAGAUUUUGAUGAAAAAAUGUUGUAUAGCUUA